AAACUAAUCAAAUCCAAUUCCGAUUCUACUUCUAAUCAGCUGAACGAUGUUCAUUCAUUUAUACAGAAAUUCAUUUGAAUUUAUUACAAUUUUUUCGUUCAAUUAUCAAUUUGAUGAUGAAAAUCUCCGAUGAUUUAAUGUUUAACUUUGUGAUUACAGAAUCAAAAGAUCAAACUACUUGACUCUGUCUAUUGGAGACAAUCAAUAAUAACCUCCUGCUGUGAUUACGAUUAAAUCUCAUCAAAUCUAUUGAGAAGAUUGGAACUGAUUAACUUUGUCUUUGUUAAUUAGUGACAAUCAACUGAAUCUUGUUUCUUUGUGAACAAUAUUUAUAAAUGGUCCCUCACGCAGAGGCAAUGAAAUUGUUGAGAAACUCAGAGUUUGUUUUGUAAACAUAUUUACCUUUGUUUACCUUUAGCUUUUUGUCUGUGAUUUUCAAUUGUUUUUCCUCUUGUUUUUGUAAAUUAAUUUAAUCUAUUGGAAAUUUUGUUGUUUUAAUUGUGUUGAUUAAAAUGCCAAAUAUAAAAGUGUUUAGCGGUUCAUCUCAUCCUGAUUUGGCUCAGAAAAUUGGAGAACGACUUGGAAUUAAUUCUGGUAAAACUGUUCUAAAGAAAUUCAGUAACCAAGAAACUUCGGUUGAAAUUGGUGAAAGUGUUCGAGGUGAAGAUGUUUACAUAAUACAAUCGGGUUGUGGUGAAGUAAAUGAUCACCUAAUGGAACUUUUAAUCAUGAUUAAUGCCUGUAAAUUUGCAUCAGCUGCUAGAGUUACGGCUAUUCUACCAUGUUUUCCUUAUGCUCGACAAGAUAAAAAGGAUAAAUCUCGAGCCCCAAUUAGUGCUAAAUUAGUGGCCAACAUGCUUUCAGUGGCUGGAGCAGAUCACAUAAUCACCAUGGAUCUUCAUGCAAGCCAAAUUCAAGGAUUCUUUGAUAUUCCUGUGGACAAUUUAUAUGCUGAACCAGCGGUAUUAAAAUGGAUCAGAGAAAACAUUCCCGAUUGGAAACAAUGUGUAAUCGUCUCUCCUGAUGCUGGUGGAGCAAAACGAGUUACAUCAAUUGCCGAUAGACUAAAUGUGGAUUUCGCUUUGAUCCACAAGGAAAGGAAAAAGGCCAAUGAGGUCGCUUCCAUGACCCUUGUAGGUGAUGUCAAGGAUAGAACAGCCAUUUUGGUUGAUGACAUGGCCGAUACUUGUGGGACCAUUUGCCAAGCAGCUCAAAAGUUAAGAGAAGCUCAAGCGUCUAAAGUUUAUGCGAUCUUGACCCAUGGGAUUUUCAGUGGUCCUGCGCUACCAAGAAUUAAUUCAGCUUCAUUUGAAUCUUUAGUUGUUACUAAUACCAUUCCACAAGAAGAGAAUAUGAAAAGAUGCUCAAAAAUUCAGUGUAUCGACGUUAGCAUGAUCCUUGCCGAAGCCAUCAGGAGAACCCACAAUGGUGAAUCUGUCUCUUAUCUGUUCAGUCAUGUUCCCAUGUGAGAUGAUAUUAUUAAAGAAAUUGUGUUAAAAUCACCAAUCAAAUUAGAUUGACAAUCGAGAAAUCAAAUCGAAAUAUAUUAUCAUCUUAAUAUUGUAAUAAUAAUAAAGAGAAAACAACAAUCAAUUCAAAUUUGA